AUGGAGUCUCUGAGCGACACCCUUUGGGAUGUCGUGAUUAGCGGCACCGGGCUGCAGCAGUCGCUGCUUGCACUAGCUCUGUCGCGCUCAGGCAAGAAAAUCCUGCACAUAGAUCCAAAUGAGUUCUACGGCGGCCCCGAAGCGGCAUUCAGUAUUCAGGAAGCCGACGCAUGGGUGGCGCGCGUCUCGGCGAGCUCUGAUGGCGGCAUCUUCAAGUCUGCGUCCUUCGCACGACCGGAAGAGGCUAUCACCGGCUUAUCCGCUUCGCGCGGGUACUCGUUAGCUCUGGCACCCCAGUUCAUCCACGCGCGCUCGGCUCUUCUGUCGCAGCUGGUCUCUUCCCGUGCCUACCGCCAGGUCGAGUUUCUCGCCGUGGGGUCUUUCUACAUCUUCAAGCCAUCUCAGGACGCGGGCCAGAAGCCCAGCCUGACCCGCAUCCCAUCCACCCGCGAGGAAGUUUUCUCGACGACGGCCGUCUCGGCCAAGGCAAAGCGGUCGCUCAUGAAGUUCCUAAAGUUCGUGCUGGAUUACGAGAACUCGCCGCAUCUGGAAACCUGGCAACCUUUCGCCGAGGCGCCACUGGUCGAUCUGCUGCAGAGCAGCUUCAAGAUGGACACCGAGCUGCAGACUUACAUCGUCACCCUCACCCUCUCCCUGGACGGGAAAAUACGCACCAAAGACGGACUGGCUGUCAUCCGUCGCCACCUCUCGUCGAUGGGCGUCUACGGCCCCGGCUUCGCUGCUAUUUACCCCAAGUGGGGCGGCCUUUCAGAGAUUGCGCAGGUUUCCUGUCGUGCCGGCGCCGUCGGUGGUGCUGUGUACAUGCUCGGAACCGGCAUUGAAGAGACGGAAAUUGUCACCGGCGAAGGCGAAGGUGAAGGUGAAAUCAAGCUUCGCCUCACCAGCGGGGACACCGUCAAAACACGGAAGCUGGUGCGCGUCGAUGAGCGGCCAAGCGGCCGAGUCGGCAUCAGCCGGGUAACAGCCGUUAUCGGCUCGCCGCUCAAGUCCUUGUUUGAAGCCACUAUGGAAGGGGCGCCGCGGCCGGCCGUAUCAGUCAUCGCCUUUCCGGCCGGUUCAAUAUCCACCGUAGCCGGGAAGGCCUCUGAGUACCCGGUCUAUCUGUCUGCCCAUUCUAGCGAGACCGGGGAAUGCCCCGUCGGUCAAAGCGUCGUAUACCUAACGACCCUCACCAACCCAAACGCGCAGGAGAUUCUGAACAAUGCGCUAGUAGGCUUUAUCAGCGCCACAAGCGAUGCUGAACCCUCCCCGGUCCUCUACAGGUUGCAGUACGAACAGCUCGCCGGCUCAGAUAAGUCCCAUAUCGAGGGAUCAGUAUUCAAUCUCCCUGCGCCGUCUGCCUCCCUCUCCUUCGACGAUACGACACUAGAAUCCGUUCGCGAGGCUUGGGCGAUGGUUAUGGGUGACGAUGCUGGUGGGGCAGAGUAUAUGGUUUUUGAGGACCGGGAGGGUGCUGCGGAAGAGGAUGAUGGGUAUGAGUAA